GACCGGUCCGUAUGUGAACCGGUUAAAUUAUUAAAGAUUCGAUUUAGGUUUUUUAACACUUGCCAAAAAGUGAGACGCUUUGGAAAAUGGAAAGUGAUCCAAUGCAAGCAAAAAAGUAGAGUGAUUUAUAAACCCUAAUUUUGAUUGUGGACGAAACCUAAUUGGAAUCAUUUUGAAAUGGCGACACAGUCUGUUAACGCGGUGAUCGUUGAUCUUCCCGGAGAUGUAAACGACGACGGCGAUAAUUCCGAUUGUUUCAUUUUCUCCUCCACUCCUCUAUCCGCUCGUGGUUCUACCAAGCGUGACGCCAUUUCCGUUGAGAAUUACGAUCGUGAUCGCAAACUUCAACGUCUCUGGGUCUACCCUCCUCACAACAGAGCAAUCAAAUCAGAAUCUCCAAUUUACAUAGAUCUUGAUCUAUACAACGAUGAAGACGAUGAUAUCAGAAUCCUCUGUUUCCCACCACCAAUCCACACCAAAUCUUUAGAAAAGGGUCAGUCUUCUUCGUCAGCGACGGUUACUUUCGACUGUGAGAUAUGUGUUGAAACCAAAUCCAUAAUUGAAACGUUUCGUAUCGGUGGAUGCUCUCACUUCUACUGCAACGAUUGUGUCUCGAAAUAUAUAGCAGCUAAAUUACAAGACAACAUCCUCUCAAUCGAGUGUCCUGUCUCUGGUUGCUCUGGUCGGCUCGAGCCAGAUCAGUGUCGUCAAAUCUUGCCAAGAGAGGUUUUUGAUCGGUGGGGUGAUGCUUUGUGUGAAGCAGUAGUGAUGCGUUCGAAGAGAUUCUAUUGUCCUUACAAGGAUUGCUCUGCUUUGCUUUUCAUGGACGAGAGUGAAGUAAUGAAAGACUCAGAGUGUCCUCAUUGCCAUAGAAUGGUGUGUGUAGAGUGUGGGACUAAGUGGCAUCCGGAGAUGACUUGCGAGGAGUUUCAGAAGCUAGCGGAGAACGAAAGAGGAAGAGAUGAUAUUUUGCUUGCGACGAUGGCAAAGAAAAAGAAAUGGAAAAGAUGUCCUUCUUGCAAAUUCUAUAUUGAGAAGUCUCAUGGUUGCUUAUACAUGAAGUGCAGGUGUGGGUUGGCUUUUUGCUACAACUGUGGAACUCCAUCGAGGGACCAUUCUCAUUAUUGUUAUAAUUGUAAGCGUUGAUGUUUAACAUCAGUAUUUCUCAUUAUAGGUCUUUAAAGCUAAGCUUAAGCUUUAUGGUUAUGGAUUUCUAUUUGAUCUUGAUGCUUUGUACCUAUUUUCGCUAUUUGGGUAAAAAACUAAUAUCAAACAUAUGGACAAUAAUUUAUCGUGUUAACAAAUGUAAGAACCAUAGAAACAAAAAUUCCUUUCGACUUAUACCA